AUGCUGUCUGUCCAGUCGACUUCCUCCUCCGCGGAGGGAGUUCCUGAUGCGCCCAGCAUCGCGGUCCAGAAUCCUGAAGAGGAUGAAGACGAACGUCCAAAAUGGAAGGGCAAAGGAAAGGCUACCGUGCCAAGGAUCGAUGCGGGGUCCACGUCAAACAACCUGACUGAGAGUGAGGCUCCCGUCGACUGGACCCAAUAUGAUCCUCCGGACGGCCUGAAGGACCCUGUUGGCUGUACAACAGAUGUUGUCAUUCAAGUGAUACAGGAAUCCAUUGAUAGGGUUAAAGCGCGGAUUGUCGAGGAAGCAGAAAGGCGGGAGGCAGAGAAGGAAGUCAAGAAAUUAAGACAGGAAGAAAGGCUUAGGCAAGAAAACGAGGACGCAAAGUAUGCCGAAACUUUGAAUUCGUCAUUGGACGAGACACGAGGCGCAUCACUCGACACCCCAGCGGAAGCUAUUUUACCAGAGCGGCCGGCGAAAUCGAAGAAAGGCAGGCUGAUGAAUCUCCUCCACCGAUUGUACAACGUUGGAGAGAAAGGCGAGUCCAGCGCGACUGGAGCGGCUCGUCACAAGCGUGACAUAUCUUGGAGCAGCAUCGAACAGAGCACUCAAGCAGCAACAAAGAAGAUCGUGUCUGGUGUUUUGAAAAGGACGACAACAAACAGCAGUAGCAGUCCCUCCGUUAGAGAUACAGAAGUCGAAUGCGUCUCCUGUCUAGACGACUUCAGCCCUAAGGAGAUGGUCAAGGCUCCGUGCCAUAGCUAUUGCAAGCCCUGCUUUUUACGCCUCAUAUCGACAACCUGCCAGAAUGAACAACAAUGGCCACCUAAAUGCUGCUUAAAUAAUAUCCCCACACAAACAAUAAUUCUCAACAUCGACGACGAGUUGAAGGAGACCUAUCGCGACAGGGCGGCUGAGUGGGACAUACCAGUGAGCGAGCGGGUGUACUGUAGUCACGCAGAAUGUAGCAUAUGGAUUCGACCGUACGAGAUCAUCCGUGCCCAAAGUAUAGCGAGAUGCUCAGCGGGCCACUGGUCUUGUAUCAUCUGCCGCGGUCCCCAACACGAGGGGAAUGAAUGCCCGCAGGACAGGGAUAUGAUGAGGACCGACGAGCUCGCAGAGGCAGAGGGAUGGAAGCGCUGCUACGGCUGUAACGCAUACGUCGAGCAUAGGGAAGCGUGCCAACAUAUGACCUGCCGAUGCGGUGCUGAAUUCUGCUACGUCUGUGGCGCACGCUGGAGAACAUGCGGUUGCAGUAUGGAACAAUUAGCUGCUGUAAAAAGAACAGCGGAUGAACGGCGCCAAGCUCGUCUGGACAGAGAAGCUCGGGAAGAGGCUGAGAUUCAGGAAGCCUUACGUCUAGUGGCGGAGUUCGAACGCGAAGAAGCACUCAAAGCUGAGCUGCUGCAACGGGAACGGGAACGAAUAGCUGAAGAGCGCCGAGCAAAAAGGCUUGAAGAGCGGAUCAAACUCGAGGGCGAGAGACGACGAGUUCUAGGACUCAAAUUCCAGGAACUCCGAGAAGUGUUUACGAAUCUACACGAGAUCCAGCGCGCUGACGUACAGCAAACGCAUGAUAAAGAACAGGCCGAUCUCGAGAGAAAAGGCGCGGAAGCACUAGCAGAAUUCCAAGAAAGUUGGAAGAAGGACCACGAGAAACUAAAAGAUGCGGCGAAGGCUAAGCUGUUUAAACGCGAAGAGGCGCUCAAGAAGGAACACGCAGCGCGCGUGCUCGCGGAGCGUCGCAUCGAGGAAAAGUACCAGGCGGAGUUGGAGGCGUAUUGGUCUCGCUCCCGCAAAGAAGACCGGGAAGAACGGGCUCAGGCUGCGAUGAAGGAGCUCUGGCGCAAGAUGGAUGACGGGUUUAGGAGCUGGGUGAAAUGGAGGGAUAACGAGUUAGAGACUUGCCGUUGGGCCGCUAAGGAGGAGCUAGCUAUUCAGGAAGAGCACAAGGAGGUGGAGGAACGGAGAUUGGCGGAGAAUACGCGGAAAAGGCAGAACGAAUUCGAGCGCCGAAAAGCUGCGGAGCUACGGUGGGUGGAUGCUGUGAUCGCGGAACGCGAGCGCAUGCUUAACGACAUGGAGAUCGAUGAGAUUGAGAAUGGUGAAAAUAUCGAUGCUUGGUUUGAGGACGAUGGGCUUGAUGACGUGGAUAUUGAGGAUAUUGAUAUUGAGAUACCGCAGGAGGCGUUACGGCAGCCUCCGAUGCUAGGACUGUUUCCUAGCUUGAUUUGGUCGAAUACCGGGCAGGCUUAG